GAGGCCUGCCACAGGCUUCAAAAGUUAUUUCCCUUCCUAGAGCGGAUCAACAACACACAUCCGCUCCGUCAAAGGUCAAUCAACCAGAAGUCCAACUGAAGGCAGAUCCAGGGAAGGAAAAGGAUUCCUUGUACCAGCAAGACAGAAAGAUCAUGCACCCAAGACAGUCUUCAGACUUACAGAGAUCGUCAAAAAGUUAUGUAUCAACAAAUACAUCUGCCAUUCAAGAACAAUCAGCAGGCAUACAAGAAGGUGGCAAUUGUUCAGUGCCUAGAUGUAACACUACAGUGUCUACAGUGCCUCCUCCUUCUGUGGUCAGGAGCCAACCACCUGCGAAUAGGGGGCGAACGUUACCCUCUACACCUUCUACACCAAGCAGUCUACAUCGAAGACUUCCCAGUCCCCACAACUUUAAAAGGCAACCUACUCCACCUUCUUCAGCUAGCCCCCCUGUUAACAGGAAACUCCCCACACCAACAGCAGUUCAAGGGAGGCUUCCCAGCCCACCUGUCACGAAGCAGAAUAUUUCAAACUCGAACUCCUCCUCUUCCUACCGUUUCAGAGCACCGUCUCCACCAGCCUCGCCAAAAGUACAAAGAUGGUCAAGGGAGAACAGCACUGAAAACUCAUCUAGUGCUCGGAUGAUCAAAAACGCACGUUCAGUCUUCUGCCCCGCAUCGCCAUCCCUGUUUGAGGCCCAGCCUUGUCCAGUUCCCCGACCCCCUGAAGCAUGGACCUCUACCGGGGUCUCCUUUCUCUCCCGUUCUUGGGGGAGUCGUGGGAAAUUUCCUGUAACUGUUCAAGGACCUCGACCCUUCAUCCAACGUAGCCAUUCAGAUCGAAGGCCAAGUCUAAGUCUGCCACCAAGAUCGCCAGGCAUCUCAGUGGCUGAGACUUGUGGGAGUGAGCCAGCAAUAUGCUCACAGAGGCUGUACGAUGAACCAACUUGGGACGAAGAAUUAUGGGGGAGCCAAUCAAACCUCAGAGCUACUCUACGCUCGGCAUCCCACCCGGACCUGUGUGUUGUCGGACAGGCCUUGCACAGAGACUAA